GGGAAAAAAAAAGGUAAAAACACAAAAGAACAGGGUAAAUAUGUACUUGAACAAAAACCCUUGCUUUCAGAAACCGGCGUGAACCUCUCUUCUAAAACCCCCAUUCUCCAUACUCCAUUGUUCUGCUUCUCUUCUUGGAGCUCUGAGGUCUAAGAAUGUCAGCUUUCAAACACCUUCUGAAUCGAGCCCACCUCUACUCGCAAUAUUGCUCCACCAAAACCACUCGACCGGAGUUAUCUUUCCUCCUCUAUCUCCGACCCUUUUCUUCAUCUCCGCCGGAGACCACAUCGCCUCCCCCGGAGGCGAACGAUCUGAAUUCGAACCGAAGAACGCCCAUAUCUAUUCAACCCGUCUCGUAUGCAAUUAAGAAACCCGAGAAUCCGCCACCAGCCAAUGCUGAAUCCCAAGCGCAAGGCCCAGCUGCCCAAUCACAACCAUUGCAUCCUCCUGAAACAGUUAAUCGACCGGGUAAUGAUGUUAGACCCGAAAAUAUUCGGGCAUGGACUCGGGAGGAUUUCCGGUAUGUUAAGGAUGUUCCAAAUGUCUCUCCGAUAUCAUACCCAACCCGUGUUGCCCCUUUGCCGGAGGACCGCGUGGCAACUGAGGAAGGUCAGGAGGGCGAUGGGAGAAAUGUAGAACAAGGAAGAAAUGAUGAAUUGGAAAGAGAAAGGAGGAGAAUUGAUGCAGAGAACCAGAGCAUGAUGAUGAGGAGGAACUUCAGUGUUGAGGGGGAAAAAGUUCCAUUUCCAACUCUGAUUAGGUCGGAGCAGGCGAAAAAGAAAGAGAAGAUUAUGUAUGAUCUUAAGGAAGCCAUUCGCUUUGUGAAGGCUAAUGCAAAAUGUAAUUUUGAAGAAACUGUUGAAGCACAUGUCAAAUUGACACCUGAACUGCGGAAGAGCCAUUUGAAUCUUACUGGGUCAGUUCUGCUCCCGCAUGGUUGUGGAAAGAAAUUCCAAAUUGCUGUCUUUGCUGAAGGAGAUGCUGCAGAGGAAGCUAGAGAAGCUGGGGCUGCUUGCGUCGGUGGAAAAGAUCUUGUAGACAGAAUAAAAAGUGGGGAGGUGAAAUUUAAGUUUGACAAAUGUUUUGCAACCCAUGAUAUGAUGGUUCAUGUGAAGAAGAUUGGAAAAUUUCUUAAGCGUGGGAUGAUGCCAAAUCCUGAACAUGGAACUUUGACAGAUGAUAUGUCUAAGGCAGUUAGAGAUGCAAUAACUAAACAUAUUAUCUUCCAAAAAGAUAAAUCUGCAAUUGUGCAUGUUCCGCUUGGAAAGGUGACUUAUUCGGAGGAUGCAAUACGGGAAAAUAUAGGUGCCUUUGCCAAUGCGCUAUUGCAUGCUAAACCAGCUGGGUUGAAGAAGAGUAAGUACACUCGAUCCUUCCAAAAAAAUGUGUCGUAUUGUUAGGUUGUUUUGAUGGUAUUUUCAAAAUAUUUAAAUAAUAAUUGUCUCAUCCCAGCAUAUCUUUUUACAUUUCCAAUACACUUUUUUACAUUUCCAAUACAAAAAACACCUAAAAACAUACACUAAAAAAACAAAACAAACAUACCCUUAUCUUUCCACCCACAAAUGUCUCUCAGUCUAAUGCUACCAUGCUGGGCUCAAUUUAGUUAGUGUUGUUUUUCUUUUUCUGAUAACUAGAGUAUCCUUCAAACUAUCGUGAAUUCCACUCAGGGUUAAGGAGGAACUUCUUUUGGUAUUGAAGAGGUUGUUCAAGAAGGUUGUCUGAUAAGAUAGAUUAUCAUGUGGGCAUGUGUUUUUGUUUAACCACUUGGUAUGAAAAAAUCAUUUAAUGCGCCAUUGACUGCAUGCUUUUUCGUACAAUGCAGCUUCAAAAUAUGCUGGUUAUAUUAGCACAUUCCAUAUCUGUAGCACGGUAAGCCCAAGAAUCUAUGUUAUCGACAUUUUUCAUUUUAUGGUGAUGAUUAAUUUGUUUCUGUGCAGUGUUUUUGAAAACCAGAUAAUUAAGGAAGUGAACUAAUUGUUUGGGUAUCUGAUAUUACAGAUGGGUCCAUCGGUGCCUGUAACCAUACAAUCAGUUUCAAUGGCAGUCGAUAGAUACAACAAGUUGCGAAUGCUUGCGUAGUCUCCAUAGCUUGAAACUGAUUCGGUAGUUUAACCCCAAUUAUCGCACUCGAUGGAGUCUCGAAGCACAAAGGCCAACGAGGCAUGCUGGCAAAGUUGUCAAAAUGAAACAUCAAUGGAAGAACAUUCUUUUCCAGAUCGUUUUUUGACCAUCAAAUGCAAAUGCAGAGUCAAUUGUAUUUCUCUGAAAGUAAUUGCCAAUGAAUGACAAUUUUGCAUGAGAAUCCUUGUAUAAAAGUGGUAGGAUUAUUCGUUCCUGGACUACUAUUGAAUUUGCUGAGAUGCCCUUAAGAUUCAGAUGGGAAGGCAAUGUAUCCGAACUACUAUACCACCUCCAAUCCACCUUUCAUGUUGAAGACAAUAAUACCAAUCUUUCUCACUUUCUGGGAAUUUUUUCCUUCACUUCAACCAUCUUUCAGAGUUCGGACUAAAAAGAAAACUCUAUUCAACUUGAAGCUUGUUAUUCACAAUCGUUUUUCCAUUUUGGUAUAUUUUAGUCUUUAUUUCCACUUCAGAUUCCAAUGUGAAGUAUAGUGGCAUGUAGCCAUGACAAUAUACUCAUUACACGCGAUCUCAUUGGACUCCCCUGUUGUGACAAGUAAAAAUAAUAUAUCCAAUAUUUCGAUCGAGAGAGACUAUUUAAGUAGUAUCACUCAAAAUGCAUUGGCUCAUCAAUGAUGUAUUGAUGCAAAAUUAUUGAAAACAUUUAUGAAAUUGUAGGAAAAUAGGUUGAAAUUUUGAAGAAUGUGAUGAAAAUAGCCUAAAAGCUACAGAGUGAAGAGCCG